UGUGUCCACCACGGAAUGGGAGGGUGGGGGUGGAAACACUGUCUUCCCGUCACCAAGCCAAGGUCACUGCAUGGAGUAGAGAGGGAGUGCGUGGAUGCCCAAUGGAGAUUGCAACUAGAGCCGCUGCCGGCUCCCCUUCCCGGCAGGCUUCUCCGCUGUCAGAGGUUCUGCAGUCUCCGCUGCGCUGAGAAAGGUGUUUUCUCCCCUUCUAGGUGGCCCUCCCUGAUGAAGCACUACAGCCCCACCGACUACGUCAAUUGGUUAGAGGAAUAUAAAGUUCGACAGAAAGCUGGCUUAGAAGCCCGGAAGAUUGUAGCCUCCUUCUCCAAACGGUUCUUUUCAGAGCAUGUUCCUUGUAACGGCUUCAGUGACAUUGAAAACCUCGAGGGGCCGGAGAUCUUUUUUGAGGAUGAGCUGGUGUGCAUCCUAAACAUGGAAGGAAGGAAAGCUUUGACCUGGAAAUACUACGCAAAGAAAAUUCUUUACUACCUGCGGCAGCAGAAAAUUCUGAACAACCUCAAGGCUUUCCUGCAGCAGCCCGAUGACUAUGAGUCGUAUCUGGAAGGUGCCGUUUACAUCGACCAGUACUGCAACCCUCUCUCCGACAUCAGCCUCAGAGACAUCCAGGCCCAGAUCCACAGCAUCGUGGAACUUGUAUGCAAAACCCUCCGUGGUAUCAACAGCCGCCACCCCAGCCUGACCUUCAGGGCAGGCGAGUCCCCCAUGAUAAUGGAGAUAGAACUUCAGAGCCAAGUUCUGGACGCCAUCAACUAUGUCCUGUAUGACCAGCUGAAGUUCAAAGGGAACCGCAUGGACUACUACAACGCCUUGAACCUGUACAUGCACCAGGUGUUGACCCGCAGAACAGGAAUCCCCAUCAGCAUGUCUCUGCUGUACCUGACCAUCGCCCGGCAGCUGGGUGUCCCGCUGGAGCCUGUCAACUUCCCAAGCCACUUUCUCCUGAGGUGGUGCCAAGGUGCAGAAGGGGCAACCCUGGACAUCUUUGACUACAUCUACAUAGAUGCUUUUGGGAAGGGCAAGCAACUCACAGUGAAGGAGUGUGAGUACUUGAUUGGCCAGCACGUGACAGCGGCUUUAUACGGCGUGGUGAAUGUGAAGAAAGUGCUGCAACGGAUGGUGGGCAACCUGUUGAGCCUGGGCAAGAGGGAAGGCAUUGACCAGUCCUACCAGCUCCUCAGAGACUCUUUGGACCUGUACCUGGCAAUGUACCCGGACCAGGUGCAGCUCCUGCUCCUCCAGGCCAGACUCUACUUCCACCUGGGCAUCUGGCCAGAGAAGUCUUUCUGUCUUGUCUUGAAGGUGCUUGACAUCCUCCAGCACAUCCAGACCCUCGACCCCGGGCAGCACGGGGCGGUGGGCUACCUAGUGCAGCACACACUAGAGCACAUUGAGCGCAAGAAGGAGGAGGUAGGCGUGGAGGUGAAGCUGCGCUCUGAGGAGAAGCACAGAGAUGUCUGCUACUCCAUCGGGCUCGUUAUGAAGCACAAGAGGUACGGCUACAACUGUGUGAUCUAUGGCUGGGACCCCACCUGCAUGAUGGGGCACGAGUGGAUUCGCAACAUGAACGUGCACAGCCUGCCUCAUGGCCACCAUCAGCCCUUCUACAACGUUCUGGUGGAGGAUGGCUCCUGCAGAUAUGCAGCCCAAGAGAACCUGGAAUACAACGUGGAGCCUCAGGAAAUCUCACAUCCGGACGUGGGACGCUACUUCUCAGAGUUCACAGGCACGCACUACAUCCCAAAUGCAGAGCUGGAGAUCCGGUACCCCGAGGACCUGGAGUUUGUGUACGAGACCGUGCAGAACAUUUACAGUGCAAAGGAGGACACGGCCGAGUAGACUCAGGACAUGCACCUCUGCUGCUGCUGCUGCCGCCACCUUCUAGGGGAAGGAUUCCUGAAGGACUAGUGCCGGUCCCCUUGGAGUCAGCACAGGACAGCCACUUCACCAGCAGCCUUGGCUGCCUCCCCAGUUUAGACGGUGUGUGCUCCUCCGGCCACAGAGACAGCGCUGCUCUCCGCUACACUAGUGAAUCAGUUGAAAGGCACCGUGUCCAGUGGCAUGGCUUGUCUGCUUGUCCCGUGGUGACAGUGUGUGACAUUCUGUCUUCAUGAGGUGUCACCGUCCACACUCUGUUCUUUCAUCCCCUCCCACCCCUGUCUCCAUUCACACUGUGUCAUCGUUUCUCCAGCUGGACAGAUGGGGUCCACAUUUCCUGCUCUCUCUGGAGCUUGGACACCCCGAGUCAGGGCUACCUGCCCCUUUGCUUUGGGUUUGGUUGUAUUCAGAUGAAGGCAUGGAGAUGGGACUCAGAAUGAGUAGAAUUAAUUUUUUUGCUAACACAUGAAACACAUAUUUUAAGUGUUCCUUUUUUCCCCCCUUUUAAUUUAAAUUGGGAGAUCGAACAGCAUCGUCUCCUUUCUCUCCCACUGGGGUCUGUGCACAUUUUUGCCCACCGUGAGCUUCCGUCUUCUUCCGUUGGUUCUCCGAGCAAACGCACAGCAACGCCUUUCCCAGUUCUCCAGUCGUCAGCUGCUGCUUCACUACGACUCCUUGUGUCAUUUUAGGAAUCCGCUCCAGUGUUGGUCGGUCAUGGGUCCGUUCCCCUAGUGAGGCCUGCGGGCCAGAUGAAAAUUGCUCUGAAAACUUGUAGCUCCUAGUCCCCAAAGACCUAGAGAAUGGGUUUGUAAUCCGAUCAGGAAAAUGAACUAGAGAAGCCUAACUUGGGGAAAUAGUUUUCACACCCUUUCACCCCUUAGAGUCACAUUAGACUCUCCGUUUGGAGAGUGUAGGGUUUAUGGGAAGAGGCAUGCAUGCUUUGGGCUCCAGGACACUGUCUCCAGGAUAAGACCUAGCCUCGGGGCACCCUGGCUUCUGCCUGAUGCUCUCCAGUGAGUGUGAAAGGACUAACCCUUUUGUAGAUCCCAGUGGGGGCCACCGGGUUCUCAGGCAGACUGGCCUGUCCAUUGGGCUGAAGGUACUUCUGCCCUGCAUUUAGAAUGCCGUUGCUCUAGUGAGCAGGGCUUUAGGGGCUGCCUGCCUGCCUGCUUCUGCAUGUCUAUUCUCACAGCACUCUAGAUGACUGCGCCCUCCUUGGUUGCCCGUCGCCAGCCCCAGGAUGACAGGGGAGACCAUAGGCAGUCUCUAGAAGGACAGGAAACCUGAGACUUCAGCCGAUGUGGCUCUCGUCUAGCGUCCUUUCUCACCAGUCAGAACUCAGGCGGGUUUGAACUCGCAUUUGAAGUUGGACCAACCACUCAGCAUCUGCCUGAGGCUGGAGGGUUUUACAACCACUCAUUUCAAGGUGAAAAUCCACCCACACAGAUCCACACUCUCGCGUCUUGUUCUAAGCAGCCACGGAGCAUGCUGGGAGCUCCCAUUGUUGGGCUUCUGCUUUGAUUUCCGUUUUCCUAGAGAAACAUCAAAGCUGACCUGAUGUAAAUAUGUACCUAGACUGUUUUUAAACGUGUUUCUUCACGAAGGCUUCGUUUGGCUGAGGGAGCCUGUAUCACCCAUGUAAGUUGGUAUUUGGGCACUUUAUAUUUUUCUAAAAAUGUGUUUUGGAUCCUGUACUCUAAUAAAUCAUAAGUUUCUUUUUAAAAAUUUUUCCAAAAGUUUUCUCCAUUUUCAAAAGCCCUGUUAUAAAAAGAAGUUUCACAAUGUUAAAAUACUAAAUAUUUGGUGAUAGCAACUUCUCUUCAAAUGAAUGCCAAGGGGUUUUUUUGUUUUGGUUUGGUUUUGGUUUUGGUUUCUUUUGUACAAUUAAUAAACGGAGUUACCGAGAGAAACCA